AUGGGAUCAAGAAUAGUCACCGUUUGGAUCUAAGCGUUUCAAGAGAUUAAACAAAAUGCAAUCAACCUGCCUGAUAAUUGUGCUGGCAAUCGCCGGAUCAGCGUUUGCUUGGCCGCAAGCUGAGAUUCCGGUGGCGCAGGAUGGCACCAUUUUACUAAGCAGGCCAGCAGGACUACCUCCCCAACAACAAGCUCAAGAGCUGGCAAUUCAGGUGUCGAACGACGCUCCAGCAGUGAAUCCUGCCGAACUGGCACAGAUUAAUGACCAAGAUAGUACUGCCGAGCAAGCCGUUCGACAAAAGCGUCAGUUUGGAUUCGGAGGAGUCGGUGUUGGAGUUGGGGUUGGUGUGGUUGGAGGAGGUUUCGGAGGCUUUGGAGGGAAUCCCGGGUAUGGAUAUGGUGGACCUGGAUAUGGUGGUUAUGGAGGAUAUGGUGGAGGCUAUGGAUACGGAGGAUAUGGAGGCUAUGGAGGUUAUGGAUAUGGACACCGUCGGCACCAUCAUCAUCAUCACCAUCAUGGAUGGUAACUACAGUUUUAAGAGGAAUUUAAUUGUGAUACUCAAUUAGAAAUAAAUGACGACACGUGAUAUGGAA